GUAUCCAGCGUCAUCACUACACUUCGUUUCAACAUCUAAAUCACUGCCGUGUGCUGUACAGUGAAAUCCUUAAAGAAACUAAUUCACUAAUAGAAGUAGAGUUUUGAUAGAGGUUAAGUGAAGAGGCAGCGCCUUGCCCAGCCCGUCCUACCUUGCCCAGUCCGUCCUACCUUGCCCAGCCCGUCCUACCUUGCCCAGCCCGCCCUACCUUGCUCAGCCCGUCCUACCUUGCCCAGCCCAUCCUACAGGACAACAAAGUGUGGAAAUUGUUAGUGUACGGUUACCUACUCUUCUUUAAAUUCACAACUAUUUUUAGAAACAAACACUGAUACCGUUGAGUGAGAAACUCGCUGCUGGGUAACUAUGGAAGAGAGAAGAGUAAGGUAUGAUACAACUCCACGUGAUCGUGACAUCAUAAUACAGUAUGGUCGUAAUGAACACAACGUCACACAAACGAGGCACGAAAAGUGUAACAGUCUAAACGUGAACUACAAAACAUUUUGUGGCAUUAUCAACAGAGACAAAAAAAACAACCCUGAUUUGUAUCCCAGUAAUGAGCAGGUGAGGGCAAACAAGCAGCGGAUGAAGCACUGGAGACAACAACAGCAGCAGCAACAAUAUUACCAAGAUAAUGGUUUACAAGACUAUGGUUUACAAGACAAUGGUUUACAAGACAAUGGUUUACAAGACUAUGGUUUACAAGACAAUGAUGGGCUACAAGAAGGGGCAGUUGGUUACGCAGACCAAGCAAGGGAACAUGACUUAAACGAUAUAUUGACGGAGGAUAAAACAGAAGGUAUCAAUAAAGCGGACACCAUGUAUAAGAGAGGCAACUACCAAAAAGCACUAGAUCGAUAUGAGAAGUUGGUGAACAGUUCUAGGUGCAAGGACGAAGAAUUACCCCACGUAUUCCUGAUGAUGGCCAACGCUUACUUCUUCACUUUUGAUUUAAAAAAUGCACUGACAUACUGUGACAAAGCCAUUGAAGAAGCUAACAAAAUGGGUAACGACAUAGUGAAGAAACUUGCUGAGCAGAAUCUAAAGAAGGUUCAUAAUUCUAUGGAAAACCUUGGAAAUAUCUCCAUUGCUGACAACUGCACCGAACUUGAAAGGCUGAUGGCAACAAUGAACAUCGAAGAAAAAUAAUGGUCAGUUUACACUGCUGGCUGACCCACGAUUCUGUUGCUGUCCAUAAAUCCACCGAUACUCGGCUAGAGCACUAUCAGUUUUGAAUUCAUAUAAAUUCUUUAAAUAUGUAUUUCUUAACACUUCGGCCGUCUCCCACCGAGACAGGGUGACCCGACAAAGAAGAAAACACUUUCACUGUCACUCGUUCAAUGAUUGUCUUAGCAGGAACAUGAUGACAUUACAGUUCAGGCGACCUUCCAAACCGCCUCCUUCACAAUACAAUGUAUUUUCUACCUCCAGGACUCGAGCCUAACUAACCACAUUCAUGAAUUUCUUAAAAAAUAAUGUUACCUUGCUCAUACUUCAACAACACGUCAAAUCACAAAAACUACUUCUCUCUACUAAUGCUCUGUUUAUUUCUGUGUUGGACACAAGCACGAAACUUUAUGUUCCCUUAUUCUUACUUGAAUUACUUCCAGGAGGCCCACAAAUGCCUGUUGAAUGUCCAAUUAUUUACCACUGAAAACUUCCUUUACCCUCUCCCUCCAGUGUUUCCUGGGAUGAUCCCUACCCUUCCAUCUCUCCUUCCCUCCACCACAGAUUUAUACUCCCUCUUAGUAGUCCUAUAUUACUCCAUCCUCUAUAUAUGUGUACUGCUUCAAGAACCCCUAAUUAACCCUCUUAAUAAUUAUUUUGGCAACUCUACACCUAUUUUUAAUCACAAAACUUCGAAUUCUCUGUAUAAUAUAAUAAAACAAAAUAAGUUAGAAUAUAACGUAUUUUCCGGCAUAUAAGGCGCACGAGCAAAUGAGACAUAUAAGACUAUAUUAGCGAGCAGUUGUAACAUAACUUUAGUAAACAACUGUUGAAGUGUAACCCAGAGUGUAACCUUGACCAUCACCUCCAGCAUAUAAGGCGCAGCGGGAUUUUCCAAGACUUUUUGUGUGAAAAAAGUGCUCUUUAUAUGGCGGAAAAUAUUUUAUGUGGCUUAUAUUUAAAUGAUAAAUCACGAAGGCCAGUAUAUAGGAAGAUGUCUGAAAAUAGAAAAUCUUUUUAAACAGCUAUGUCUUUGUGUAAAAUAAAAUCAAUAAUAAAAAAUAUAUUUAUUAAAAGAAUAAAAAAAAGGUAUGUGGACAUUCUGAAAAGAGAUGAAACAGAAGAACAAAAUAUACAAAUGCAAUGUAGUUGAUGGUAAAAAGAAUUGUACAGAUGUUUUAAUAAAGGUCAGAAUGUUUUAAUAAAGGUCAGAAUGUUUUAAUGAAGGUCAGGAUGUUUUAAUAAAGGUCAUGAUGUUUUAAUGAAGGUCAGGAUGUUUUAAUAAAGGUCAGAAUGUUUUAAUGAAGGUCAGGAUGUUUUAAUAAAGGUCAGGAUGUUUUAAUAAAGGUCAGGAUGUUUUAAUAAAGGUCAAGAUGUUUUAAUAAAGGUCAGGAUGUUUUAAUAAAGGUCAGGAUGUUAUAAUAAAGGUCAGGAUGUUAUAAUAAAGGUCAGGAUGUUAUAAUAAAGGUCAGGAUGUUAUAAUAAAGGUCAGGAUGUUAUAAUAAAGGUCAGGAUGUUAUAAUAAAGGUCAGGAUGUUAUAAUAAAGGUCAGGAUGUUAUGAUAAAGGUCAGGAUGUUUUAAUAAAGGUCAGGAUGUUAUAAUAAAGGUCAGGAUGUUAUAAUAAAGGUCAGGAUGUUAUAAUAAAGGUCAGGAUGUUAUAAUAAAGGUCAGGAUGUUAUAAUAAAGGUCAGGAUGUUACAAUAAAGGUCAGGAUGUUAUAAUAAAGGUCAGGAUGUUAUAAUAAAGGUCAGGAUGUUAUAAUAAAGGUCAGGAUGUUACAAUAAAGGUCAGGAUGUUAUAAUAAAGGUCAGGAUGUUAUAAUGAAGAAUACACAAUGCUUUCACGAGAAAAAUUAAGUUCAUUUUGUAUAUUCACCUCAGAUACUAAAGAAUUAUAUUGAUAGAUUUACUGAUGAAGUUGAUCAUGAUAGAUUUACUGAUGAAGUUGAUCAUGAUAGAUUUACUGAUGAAGUUGAUCAUGAUAGAUUUACUGAUGAAGUUGAUCAUGAUGGAUUUACUGAUGAAGUUGAUCAUGAUAGAUUUACUGAUGAAGUUGAUCAUGAUAGAUUUACUGAUGAAGUUGAUCAUGAUAGAUUUACUGAUGAAGUUGAUCAUGAUAGAUUUACUGAUGAAGUUGAUCAUGAUAGAUUUACUGAUGAAGUUGAUCAUGAUAGGAUUCAUUCAAAGGUAAUAAAACAAGGUAACAAGGCCGGAAUAUUGCUGUACAUUAACAUCUCUGUUCAAAGCAGGUGAAAUUACAGAUAUAGAGAGUGUACAGAGAACCUUCACUGCACAAAUAAGUUCCAUCAAACACCUCAACUACUGGGAACACUUGGAAGCACUUGAUUUGUACUCACUGGAACUGAGGCGAGAGAGAUAUAACAUAAUCUACACUUGGAAAAUCCUAGAAGGAAUGGGCCUGAAUCUGCACACAGAAAUCACUCCCUACGAAAGUAAAAGACUGGGUAGGAGGUGCAAAAUACCUGCAGUGAAAAGUAGGGGCGCAACUGGAACACUAAGAGAAAACAUCAUAAGUGUCCGGUGCCCAAGACUGUUCAACAGUCUCCCACCAUGCAUGAGGGGUAUUACCAAUAGACCCCUGACUACCUUCAAGAGGGAGCUGGACAAAUUCUAAAAGUCGGUGCUGGAUCACCCGGUUUUGGUUCGUUCGUAGGACUUCGUGCGGCCAGCAGUAACAGCCUGGUCGAUCAGGCCCUGAUCCACCGGGAGGGCUGGUCGUGGACCGGGGCGCAGGGGUGUUAAUCCCUGGAAUACCCUCCAAGUAGAUUCGUCCAGGUAGACUGAGUCGCCCAUGAACUUGUUAUAUCAUCAUGUUUACUGAAGCUGUUUGAAAUUCAUUUCCAGGAUAUAUUAGUAGGUAUAAUAUAUUUUGAUUUUAGACAGUUUGGUUACAGUUGAGGAUUAUCUACUGAUGAAGAAGAGCAGUUAGUGCUUUAAUGGAGCCGUGUAACGCGUUACACAAGUAACACCACCACGUUAUUGUGGCAGAUAUAAUUAGUGAUUGAGGAAUUAAUCUUGAUAUUCUAUAUUGUUUUACAUUUUAUAAGUACCAGGAGGAAAUAACUGUGUCAGUGGUAUACAAUACUGACUUAACGAAGCAUUAGAUGCUUCGCCAUCCACUAGAUUAAUACAUGGACAUAAUCUUUAGAUUGUAGAAAUAUAUAGAGAAGACUGGACGACUAGGUAAGCAGUCCCUCAGCCUAGGAGCAGGUGGUGCUCCUAGGCCUAGGUUAGGAUAGAUUAGGUUAGGUCAGGUUUGUCAGGACACAGAAUAAUUGGUUCAUGUCUUAGUCAUAUGAUGACCCGCCACUAGAGGUUUUGGUCAUCUGACGGAGACCUUCCACCGCUGUGUGGAAUGGAACAAAAAAGUGAUUAUUACACUAUGAACAAUUGUGUAAAUCAUGGUGGCUUCCUCUUACUAUUUUGUUGUUAACUUCCUAUCGACAAAAUGAAUAAAGAAAUAUUCUCGAUGUGGUUGAGGGGAAGAUUCCACUUUCUUGAAGCAAAUAAUAUCACAUACGAGGAUAAUAUUAUCACAUACGAGGAUAAUAUUAUCACAUACGAGGAUAAUAUUAUCACAUACGAGGAUAAUAUUAUCACAUACGAAGAUAAUAUUAUCACAUACGAGGAUAAUAUUAUCACAUACGAAGAUAAUAUUAUCACAUACGAGGAUAAUAUUAUCACAUACGAGGAUAAUAUUAUCACAUACGAGGAUAAUAUUAUCACAUACGAAGAUAAUAUUAUCACAUACGAGGAUAAUAUUAUCACAUACGAAGAUAAUAUUAUCACAUACGAGGAUAAUAUUAUCACAUACGAGGAUAAUAUUAUCACAUACGAGGAUAAUAUUAUCACAUACGAAGAUAAUAUUAUCACAUACGAAGAUAAUAUUAUCACAUACGAAGAUAAUAUUAUCACAUACGAGGAUAAUAUUAUCACAUACGAAGAUAAUAUUAUCACAUACGAGGAUAAUAUUAUCACAUACGAAGAUAAUAUUAUUCUUUUCACUGAUACAAAUAAAAUACAACAUUUUUAAGUUACUGAUUAAUAAGUAAAUCAGCCUUAAUAUUACUUCGUGAGAGUAGUAAGAGUGGUAAUAUAUUUAAGUAUAAAUAGGUCGAACAAUGUUAUUAUUUACAUCAAUAUACACCAAGUGAUUUGCUACACAACAAGAAAGUUGAAAUUAUACCAAACAUGUUAAAUUUAAGUUCAUUAUAACAAAUUAUCUACGAAAUAAGUUCCAUGAACUGUUGCUGGUAUUUAGGGUAAUAAGGUGUUUAGUUAGAUAUUUUUUCACCUUUAUUGGCGCCUUUUGAAAUGUAUAUAAAAAAAGGCUGAACUUAGCCACCUGUCGUACUGCAUAUUAGUAGUUGUUUAUUUAAAUAUUAUGUGGCCUUUUAAUAAGCUAGGUAUUUUAAACAUUGAUUUAUGAGAAUUGUGUAUCUUUUUAUAUUAUCAACUUGUAACACAGGAAUUCCUUUUUCAUACAUUCCUCAAGUCUUCAUUGACACAUAAUAAUUUAUCCAUAAUUAUUAGGAUACUACGAAAUUUUGAUGAACUAGAAGUAUGUUCAAAGGCGGUUGAGGAAAGUAUUGUGAGAGGAUGUGGGCAUAGACACAUAUACCCAUCAUAGGCUGGUUAACAUUAAGGGUAUAUUUAGUAUUUUAAGUUGCAUGCCUCUAAUAGUGUACUUGAUCAAAAAGACAGUUGUGCAACAUUUGGGUAUAUUUAAUCUGAAAUCGUUUCUCCAGCCAGUACCGUCUUCAGUUCAGUGAAGGGAAAGGUGGAAACUGAAGAGUGGUUUGAGGUAAUCAAUCCCUCAUCCUGGAGUCUGUGUGUUCGGUCCAUCAGUCUUCAUAAAACUUAAUCAAGAUAGAUGGUCUGGUCUGAACACAUCGACUGUAGGCUGGGGGACUGAUUACCUCAAAAUCUUUCCCAGUUUCUACCAUUCAUCUAUAUACUGGACUGAGAAAGCCAACUGGGAGUGAAAUGUUCCCACAAUAAAGAUACCCAAGUGUAGAAUAUGUCUCAAUAGUCAGGAGUUAAAAUAGCUGAAAUAUUACUAACUUAGGUAAGAUUGAUCAGGAAACAGGACAAGUGUUUCCUGACGAGGAUUUUAGUCUUAAGAUGACCCGCCACUGGAGCUUUUGGUCAACUGACAGAGACCUUCCACUGGCUUACCUGUCCACACCUUAAAAGUUAAGAUUAAAUCUUACAAGACAUAAUUACAUAUUUAAUGAGGUUGUGGAUACUACAGUUUAUGUUGAAAUUAGUUGAUGAUUAAGUCACAUGUGCAACAGUUGAUGAUUAAGUCACAUGUGUAACAGUUGAUGAUUAAGUCACAUGUGCAACAGUUGAUGAUUAAGACACAUGUGUAACAGUUGAUGAUUAAGUCACAUGUGCAACAGUUGAUGAUUAAGUCACAUGUGUAACAGUUGAUGAUUAAGUCACAUGUGUAACAGUUGAUGAUUAAGUCACGUGUAACAGUUGAUGAUUAAGUCACAUGUGCAACAGUUGAUGAUUAAGUCACAUGUGUAACAGUUGAUGAUUAAGUCACAUGUGCAACAGUUGAUGAUUAAGUCACAUGUGUAACAGUUGAUGAUUAAGUCACAUGUGCAACAGUUGAUGAUUAAGUCACAUGUGUAACAGUUGAUGAUUAAGUCACAUGUGCAACAGUUGAUGAUUAAGUCACAUGUGUAACAGUUGAUGAUUAAGACACAUGUGCAACAGUUGAUGAUUAAGACACAUGUGUAACAGUUGAUGAUUAAGACACAUGUGCAACAGUUGAUGAUUAAGACACAUGUGUAACAGUUGAUGAUUAAGUCACAUGUAACAGUUGAUGAUUAAGUCACGUGUAACAGUUGAUGAUUAAGUCACAUGUGCAACAGUUGAUGAUUAAGACACAUGUGCAACAGUUGAUGAUUAAGACACAUGUGCAACAGUUGAUGAUUAAGUCACAUGUAACAGUUGAUGAUUAAGUCACGUGUAACAGUUGAUGAUUAAGUCACGUGUAACAGUUGAUGAUUAAGUCACAUGUGCAACAGUUGAUGAUUAAGUCACAUGUGCAACAGUUGAUGAUUAAGUCACAUGUGCAACAGUUGAUGAUUAAGACACAUGUGCAACAGUUGAUGAUUAAGUCACAUGUGCAACAGUUGAUGAUUAAGACACAUGUGCAACAGUUGAUGAUUAAGUCACAUGUAACAGUUGAUGAUUAAGUCACGUGUAACAGUUGAUGAUUAAGUCACAUGUAACAGUUGAUGAUUAAGUCACGUGUAACAGUUGAUGAUUAAGUCACAUGUGCAACAGUUGAUGAUUAAGACACAUGUGCAACAGUUGAUGAUUAAGUCACAUGUAACAGUUGAUGAUUAAGUCACGUGUAACAGUUGAUGAUUAAGUCACAUGUGCAACAGUUGAUGAUUAAGACACAUGUGCAACAGUUGAUGAUUAAGUCACAUGUGCAACAGUUGAUGAUUAAGACACAUGUGUAACAGUUGAUGAUUAAGUCACAUGUAACAGUUGAUGAUUAAGUCACGUGUAACAGUUGAUGAUUAAGUCACGUGUAACAGUUGAUGAUUAAGUCACAUGUGCAACAGUUGAUGAUUAAGUCACAUGUAACAGUUGAUGAUUAAGUCACGUGUAACAGUUGAUGAUUAAGUCACAUGUGCAACAGUUGAUGAUUAAGACACAUGUGCAACAGUUAUGAUUAAGACACAUGGGUAACAGUUGAUGAUUAAGUCACAUGUGCAACAGUUGAUGAUUAAGACACAUGUGCAACAGUUGAUGAAGUCACAUGUGCAACAGUUGAUGAUUAAGACACAUGUGCAACAGUUGAUGAUUAAGACACAUGUGCAACAGUUGAUGAAGUCACAUGUGCAACAGUUGAUGAUUAAGACACGUGUGCAACAGUUGAUGAAGUCACAUGUGCAACAGUUGAUGAUUAAGACAUAUGUGCAACAGUUGAUGAUUAAGACACAUGUGCAACAGUAGAUGAUUAAGACACAUGUGCAACAGUAGAUGAUUAAGACACAUGUGUAACAGUUGAUGAUUAAGACACAUGUACAACAGCUGAUGUUUAAGUCACUUGUAUUGCACAUGUGACUUAAUCAUCAACUAGACUGUAUGUUCAAUUUGUCACAGAUUUAUAAUACUGAAUCAGUUGGGGACGGACAUUUUACCAUUCAUGUUUAAUUUGGCUGAAGAUAUUAAAAAAAUAUGAUAUAUAUCCUUAGAUUUUAAGAAAUUAAGUCGGAACUGUCUAAGACUGUUGAGGCAAAUUAUAGCUGAUACGGGAACUUGACAGGAAAUUCAGUAACUUUGUCUUGGGACUUGUAAAUGUUUCACACAUGAAGCGUCGUAGGUAAACAUCAUCACUGUCAUUCGUUAAUUUAGACAUUUAGAGCUUUUUGAAAGGUCAUCCCCUGUUGCAGUGUUGUCCAAUAUGGGAUGUUCGCUCUCCUUCAGUGUGUAAGAUGCCUCAGAAGAGCUGCAUGAAGAGUCCCUUCGAUACAAUAACAUUUUUGUUCUAUUAUUUACUAACAUUAUGUUAAUUCUGACUAAAAAUUGCAUGCCGAUCAAUUGUGGAAUAUAUUGUGAAUUAAGGAAAGAUAAAUAAAUCCACCAAGAUCACGUUCAAUCAAAUAAGCUUUUAUUUGUUCAGAAAGUCUCGUCUCACUUCAAAUUAUCAGUAAAACGCAAAACAAGAAGUUUCACUGAUAUCAUUAUUUUUUCUUGUUAAGAGUAAGUCUUAUUAGCCAAAUGGAGAAUUUAUUUUUUGCACUUCUGAAUAUAUAUUAUUACUGGAGUACUUUGUUUAGUUCUAUAAAUCUUAAAAUAAACUGUAAAUCCAA